AUGUGUCUCUACACAUCGAUGACUCGUUCUCACAAGUACAACGACCGUGACCACGCCGCCCUGGCUGACGGCACUGCUUCUCCCCAAGAGCACCUGCCUCGCUAUUUUGCGAAGCAUGGUCACGAGGGUGUCGACCCCAAGAAGGUGAAGAAGAACGGCGGCGGCAGAAGUAACUGGGGCAAUGCCGGCGAGGAAGUCGUCGAUGAGGACUUCCGUUUCACCAAUGCGCGGCGUCGCACCAACAGCAGCGGCUACGCUGACAACCUGUCGGCGUUCAAGACAAAGUUCGACGUCAACGAGCCUGAGCCCGUCUUCGAGGAGUCCAUCCACGGCCCCAACGAGGACGAUGGCGAGGACCUGACCAAGACGGAGACCUCUGAGAGCGGCGGUUCUUCCUACGGUGAUGAGAAGAUCACCAAGCACUAA